CUGGCGAGGGAGGGUUGGGCCGGGCUACCGCUCAAAAUAUAAUUGCGUGCGGUGGUCGGAAAGUGGAAAGCGAUGGAGUGCGCGGCGAAGGGGAGCGGAACACGGUGCAGCGGCGCCGCCACAAGACCUUGCGCUCGUUGCGAAGCCGUUGCUUAUUGCUCUCUCUCUCACCAGAUUGCGCACUGGAGUCGUCACAAACACGAGUGUGAUAGAUUACAACAACAGAUGAAAAACAUCGAAGUCCUCAACAAUUUUCCUUUCACUUUCUCUCGCGAAGCCACAGUUCAGGUUUGUGUAAAGCAGGAAACUAGGUGUUCAUUUUUGAACCAGAGGGGCCUUCAUCGAGUUGGAAUGUGGAUGCACGAAUGCAAUUGUGGGGCAUCUGCUUCGUUCGAUUCUUUAGGGUUAAACAAUGGUUGGGAUCUGCCUAGAAAUUUAUGUCCAUGUUGUGGGCCUGACACUACCGUAUCAGAGAAGUUGCAUAAUUGGAGAGACUAUUAUAAGUGGAGGUGCAUCCCACUAGACUCACCUGUUGCUUUGCUUCUUCACUGGCCACUUACAAUAUAUCAUGCUGCUCAGCUUGUUGGCUUGAAUCCUGAAGUCCGUGAUAAGUUGUACAUACAUUAUCUUGGACCUGAGAAAGAGCUGCUACAACUUGCGGUGUUUGGAGAAUUACUGGCACUCUUUCCUGGUGUGCAUGUUCAUCUAGAACUUGUUGGACCUGCAAUUCCUCCUCAUAGGGAUGGUGAGAAGAUCCACAUUUCUAAGCAUCCUUGUUGCAAUGAACUUGAGUGUGAAUGCAAACUAGCAAGUGAAAAUACAUCCUUAGAAACACAAACUGGUAUCACUUCAGCGUUAACAUUGCAGCUUUGGAAAGGAUUCUAUCAUGACCGAUAUGAAGAUAUUGUUAAGAAUUCCUUCCCUCACCUAGUGAUUGCUCCAAAUAGUGGCAUUGCUGCCUACUCCAGUUGGCUACCAAGUAUUGAGUUAAUCGAAAAGAUUGAUGUUCCAGUUAUUUUGACUGAUUAUUGUGAGGAAGCUUGUCAUCUUGCCGCAAGUUGCAUUAAGACUGUAUCUCGGCGUCCUCUUAGAUUGCCUGUCCAGUUAAAUCCUUUCAGGCAACCUAUGGCUGUGGAAGAAAGCGUGCUGUUGCUUCCAUGCUACUCGAACUGCUUUCUUUUUGGGAUGUAGAGAGUAAUGAUCUAAAUAUCUUAAACCACUAUAUAUUGGCCGGAGAGCUGUGUUAGCUCGUGUUAGCUCUUGACAGCCAACAAAAUUUGUCUAAACCCAUAGAUAUCUCACUCAUGACGGAUUUGUUAGAAACGUAGCUAAUUGUAUGAAAAUCAAAUUAUUGCUUUAUCCUAUACGAAUGAAAGAUGCGCUGGAUUCGAGCUUUGCAAAUAUGUUCACUGAACCAAUAGAGCUCCCUAGUGUUGGGUCAUUUGCAGCACGAUUUAUAGCAGCUACAAUCAUCCUGAACAUUUCACGUUUCAUAAUACUAAUUAUUAUGCCUCGGAUAUGGUAGUUAAUUGAUUGAUAGGAUACUGCUUCCAGGUCUAUCACAAGGUCUUUGCUGGAUGGCAAAUUUGAUUUCAACUAUCAAACCAUCCUCCUUCUGCGGCUUCCUCCCUAAAUACCAGACAACGGUGCUCUCAGCCAAAAGAUGAAAUACCUGCUGUAUAUUUUAUAUUAUACCAUCGUCAUCAGUAUUAUUAUUUGCUAUCUAUGAACAGAUCAUGUAAUCUUCACUAUUUAACUUAUGAGAAAUGCUAGUGAUAUAUUUUUUAAAACAAUACAUUUAAAGGACACAAUAAUAAAAAUAAUUUUUUAAUAAAAAAAUAAACAUUUAAGGUUAUUAAUGCACUAGGUUUUUUGAUAUUUUGAAAAUUUUAAAAAAUUAUUAUAUAUACAAAUUUUAUUGUGUUUUUGAACAUAUUAAAAAAAAUCAUUUUUGAGAUAUUUUGUUAUUAUUAUAGGUUAAAUUAUUAUUGUUUACCCAGCGAAUUGUGGUUUUAUUAAUAGAAACACACAAAACAUUGAUAUAAAAACAUUAUUUCAAUGCAAACAAUAAAUACAUAAUAAAAAAUUAAAUACACGUGCUUAAUACUAAACAUAAAGUCUUUCAAUAGGAGUUAAUACAAUACUUCCAAAUCGCUGCUAAAUAUUUUUGGAAUAACGGAAUAUAAUGUGAUGCAAUCAUGAAGCUAGUAUGUAGAAAUAAACUGAACUGAAAUGUUUUUCUUUUCUUUUAUGUUUUACGAGAUGGAAGAAAGUUAAUUCUUGAAUUCUCAAUUGAAACAUAUAGUGAUUAUUAAGUACUAAUUACUUGAGCAAGUUAAAGUAUCUUUGGCAUUUUGAACUCAGGUUGCACAACUAGAUAAAAAAAGAAAAGGAAUGAAACACAGGAAAAUGAGACGUUAAACAAUGAAGUCAUUUCACUUCGUUUGCAUAUCUGA